AUCAGUUUUCUAGCUUUUCUCUUAAACAAGCUUAAAAUAUACAAGAAAUCAAGAGUUAUUAAUAGAAUUGGAAUUGUUUUCAUAGCAUUUGUAGAUUAAAAUGGCGCCUUGGCUUUGGUACUUAUUAGGAUUAUUUUCUUACAGUGAUGUGCCUAUAUCUACUUCUCCGUGUUUUCUACAAGUCUAUAAUGGAACUGUCGGUUGUGUAGGAGACAAUACGGAAGUUAUCUGCGAGGUGAAAUGUGCAGGCAAGUACGAGGGUAGAUUUCACUGCUCUGAUGCCAAAGGUUGGAAAGAAAAGCUGCCUUAUUGUGUAAAACCAACCAAAGAUUUAAUCAGCGUAGCAAUCUGCCGAGAUGAUGAAGUAUAUAGUGAGUGCGAAGGCCAUUGUGAGAGAAGUUGCUCUGAUUGGACCAAACCGACUGCCUGCGCAUCAAAUAUUUGUGUAGGAGCAUGCGUUUGCGGCGCAGGACUGAUCAGGGGGCCGGACGGAAAAUGCGUUCCUCUUGACUCAUGCUCAGUUCAAUCAGGCAGCACGAGUACCACAGAAACUUUCGGAUGUCCAGACCAAGAGAAGUGUAAUGAACUUUGCAAUAUGCUGUCAUAUAUGACGAAAUUGAAAGGGCGUUGCGUUGGUCCAAAUAAUUUAUACUGCACCUGCACUUGAUAGUGCUACCAUUUGGAAAGAUGCCUACAGAUUCACACAAAUAAGAGAAGUUUACUAAAUAUAAUCUUGGUAUUUUUUUAAGUUGAAAAUUUUGCUUGUUUUGCUUUUUAAAAUGUUAUAAAUUCUGCUUU